GCCGAGGAAAACGUUGCGCAGGUUCAAAAAUGGAACGUCGGCGGCGUGAGGGAGCGCGAGGGGGUGUGCGCGCGUGCGCGUGCGCGUGCGCGCCCGGGCGAGGGUGACGGGGACCCCGCCGGCCCGAGCAUCGCGCGCCGCAGCCGCGGCCCCGCAGCUCCGCCCCCGGCCCGGCCCGGCCCCGGGCCCGCUCGCCCGCCGCCCCGCAUGGAGCUGUCAGCCAUCGGCGAGCAGGUGUUCGCUGUGGAGAGCAUCCGGAAGAAGCGCGUGCGGAAGGGUAAAGUCGAAUAUCUGGUGAAGUGGAAAGGAUGGCCCCCAAAGUACAGCACGUGGGAGCCAGAAGAGCACAUCUUGGACCCCCGCCUGGUCAUGGCCUACGAGGAGAAGGAGGAGAGAGACCGAGCGUCGGGGUAUAGGAAGAGAGGUCCGAAACCCAAGCGGCUUCUGCUGCAGCGGCUGUACAGCAUGGACCUGCGGAGCUCCCACAAGGCCAAGGGCAAGGAGAAGCUCUGCUUCUCCCUGACGCGCCCACUCGGCAGCGGGAGCCCCGAGGGGGUGGUCAAGGCGGGGGCGCCCGAGCUGGUGGACAAGGGCCCCUUGGUGCCCGCCCUGCCUUUCUCGCUCCGCAAGCCGCGCAAGGCCCACAAGUACCUGCGGCUCUCACGCAAGAAGUUCCCGCCCCGCGGGCCCAACCUGGAGAGUCACAGCCAUCGACGGGAGCUCUUCCUGCAGGAGUCGCCGGCCCCGGACGUCUUGCAGGCGACCGGCGAGUGGGAGCCUGCUGAGCAGCCCCCUGAAGAGGAGGAUGCAGACCUGGCCGAGGGCCCCCCUCCCUGGACACCCACGCUCCCCCCAAGUGAAGUGACAGUGACCGAUAUCACCGCCAACUCCAUCACCGUCACCUUCCGCGAGGCCCAAGCGGCUGAGGGCUUCUUCCGAGACCGCAGCGGGAAGUUCUGAGUCACCGUUUUUACUCUUCUUAAACUGUUUUCUUUAGGGCUUGGGGUGGGGACUUCCAGAGAUGGGGAGGGAUUGGGGUGGGGUAAUUAUUUUAUUUAAGAAAAUAUGGAACAGGAGAUGUGGGGGGAGAUCUCACCCCCACCUGCCCCUCUGCCCCUUUCUCUAUGCGUGAUGUUUAUGGAGAAGCCGUGGGCUCUGUUUCGGGGGCCGGGAGGCCUGGCACUGCUCUGUCAGUUGGGAUGUCAUCUCCAGGGCAGAGUGGGGACAGACCCGCUCUCCCCUGGACACCUCUGUCACCGUUCUUCUCCACAGACACAGCAGCUGGUCCUAGAAACUAAAGGAGGGUGGGAAGGCCCCAACCCUCCCCUGUGAGCAGCCCACCCCAGCCUUUCUGGUUGGUCCCCCUUUCCUUUUUUGGGGGAGGGGUCUUUAUUUUUGACUUGCCACUCCAGCUUUGUGGGGGGAUGUGGAGGCUGGCUUUGGCCAAAAGUGACUGGUCAGAGAGGAGGGUAGGAGGAAGGGUUUGAGAUUGCUGGGGUGCACCCACGCCCUUCAGCGAGGCCUCUGCCUUCCUGGGGGCAGCUGCCAGCUGAGCCCCUUCGGCCGAGAGCUCUGCCCGCCCGACCUGGCCUGUGAGAAAUGCUUCUGUGCACACCCAGCCGCACAGGUGUGCACACACUGCCCCUCGCGCCCUUGUGACUGCGUACACGUGUCUGCAGAUGUGUGCAGUGGGUCUUGCAAACCUCCUGUUUAGAAGCCCUGACCAGGUGAACAUGCGGUGAUUCACAGCGCAAAGGAACUUGCCAUGGGCACCCCACACUCACCCCACCGUGCAUGGCCCGUCACGGGACAGCAUCUCUUCUAGCUCAUUGUGCUCACAGCUGUCAGCGGAGGGCAGGGUCCAGCUGUGGACGUCCCAGGCAUGCAGAUGUGUUCUUGGGGCUCCACCUGGCCAGCUGCAGUGUGCAGGGGGGCUGGGCGCCAGCACAUGCUCCGAGGCUCUCAGGGCCCUGUCCUUCCUCUCCUGGGGCUCUCGUCCUCUCUGACUCAGGUGGCUUUUCAGCCCAUCCCACUCCCCUCUUUCUCUGCCCUCCCUUCCAACUCGGCCAACCCAGGCGCAGUGUGGGUGGCCAGGAGGAGGGAGUGUCCCACCACCUUCUCAGGGCAGCCUCGACUCCUCAUGCCCUUUGCCCUUCCAUCCUGUGUCCCUCUCCAUCCACCCUAAAUGCCACAGCUGGGGCUGACCAACUGUUCUUCUGCGGGGACAGGGGCGGCGGUGGGGAGUACCUUGGCUGUGUCUUUUCGUGGUCGGCUGCAGCAGUGGAUGGUGGGUCAGGCUGUGCACAGCCCCACGCCCUGGCAAGUGACUGUGUUUGCCAGAUGGAAGCUUUCUAGUUUGCACAAAUGUGUCCUGUGGGCUAGCAGCCUCCCUGGCAUUGAGGAGUGACGUCUCCCCUCUCCCAGCCCUGUGGGGUGAGAAAGCCAGAGUGGGGUGGGCGCUGGGGGAGCCAGUACAAGGUUGGCUCCCUGCGCCCCAUUGUCAGGGUUGGGGCACUGCUGUGCCCCGCUCGCCCUCCGCCCAGGGCUGUCCCCCGCCCUCUGCUGUGUCCUGAGGAAGUCAGCAGAACCCCUGCUGAGGCAAGGAUGGGGCGACUCUUCCCACAGACCCCUUCCCACAUUCCCAAGCCAAAGACAGCCUGCACCCCAUUUCUGUUUGGGGUGCCCUGCUGGCAAGAUUCCCAAAUCCCUGAGUCUCUCUCCCCUUCCUCGUUAAUCCUUCAUUGUCCAGGGUCAAUUCAGUGCUUCCAUUGGGGGAUGUCCCCUCAGGGGGGCUUGACUCACCCCCAGCCUGAGGAGUGGAAUCUAGGGGAGUCUGCGGGGUGUGUCAGGGAAAGGGGGGCAGCAGGGAACCCCACCUUCCCAACUGUGGGGCCCUGGGGGUCAAAGGGCAGCUAGGAGUUGGGGCUCUCCCAGGACGGGGGCUCCUGGCAGAGGCGAGGUGGUGGAGGGGCCUCUCUAACUGCAUGCUGUCGGCCGUGGCUUUGGGACGUGGCUGGCAGCUGCCAAUAGAAGUCAUCCUCCCCAUCCUCGGGGACGUGGGACCUCCCCCGCCUCAUGGGCACUCUCAAAGAGCUCUUUGUGCACUUUGUGGGUUUGGGGGCCCUUUUGUGGAAUGAGCAGCUGUUUUCUGGCAGCUGCUGCGGAACCUUCUUGCCUCUUAGCCCUUCAUGGCCCACAGGGCGCCCUGAGGCUCGGGGGCUGAACCCUCAGCAGACUGGCCCCUGGGGGAAGGGCUGUGGGCGAGAGACCUCUCUGAGGGGCUGGGUGUGGCGGGCAGUCCUCCUCCCAGCCCUGAGCAUCCCAGCACAGUGAGGCGAGAGGGAGUGAGGCCGACACUGACCUCCUGACCCCACCACCGCCACCCCAGAAGGCCAGUACUCCCGGGGGUGGGAGGCUCAGAAAGAGUUGGACCACUGGUCUUUCCUACCCCCAGCCCCACCCGUUUUGAAUGUAGAGAGACUGGUUGGUACUUUUCUUUUGCCGUGGGCUGGGGCGAGGACAGUGUUCCUCCCCCUGGCACGGCCACUUGGGGCCGAGCCCUUUGGGCGUCCUGAAGAUCACCCCUCCUAGAACAGUGAUCGAUGAUCGAUGAUCGCAUUGCCAACUUUCUCCUCCUCUCCGGCUCGGGGAAGGCACUGUGCUGCCAGGAGGUGGUUUUACUUUUGCUCUGUAAGUGGCAGCCUGGCCUCCGGGUCCCAGCACGAGAACGCUUCCUUUGCACAGAAUGGGCAUCGAGUUUUGUUCAGACGAAAUGAAUGUAUUUGGGAGGGUUUGGGGCCGAGUUGAUUCCAAGCACAUGCCUUUUCUGAGUGAGUGUGUGCUGGGGAGAGCUAGUGUGGAUGCAGAGCACGGUUUUAUUUUUGUACUGAUAUUGGUAAGAGACUGUAUAGCAUCUAUUUAUUUAGAUGAUUUAUCUGGUAAAUGAGGCAAAAAAUUAUUAAAAAUACAUUAAAGAUGAUUUUAAAAAA